AUGACAGUUCCGCACGACUUAUGCGCCCGAAUUCAAAAUGGUUUUCGGGCAAAACUUGCCUCCAUAGCGAUACCAGAAUCGAAAAUGAAUCUAUCCAUAGUAAAGAUUCUUUAUGAACAAGGUUUUAUAUCUUCGGUACAACGUGGGAAUCAUAUUAAACCCGAUGAUGUAUUUACACCCACGGUACCAACAAACAUAGCAACACGCAGACUCUGGCUUGACUUGAAAUACAGAGACAACGAACCAGUACUUAAAUAUAUAAAAUGUGUUAGCAAAGGAUCGAAAAGGAUAUACAUGAACGUACAGGAGUUGAUGGAUUUGGCCAGCGGGAAAAGGGCAAAGUUUGUACCUCCUUUGAGGCCUGGUGAGAUUGCAAUUGUUAGUACUAGCAAGGGCGUGUUGGAAAUUAAAGACGCGUUGGAAUCUUAUGUGGGGGGAGAAGUACUUUGUAGGGUUUGGUGA